AUGAGCAGUAAAAAUGACAGUGGCCUUCUCCAUUUUUGUGAUGACAUUUUUUUGAACCUAAUAAAAUUUUUUUCAAUAAAUGAAACUUUAAAAUUGAAACUUGUGAAUAAAAAUAUUUAUGAAUAUUUAAAAGAUGAAAAUGUAUAUCAAUUGAAUACAUGUUUGAAUUUAAAUAAUUAUAUAAAAUUUGUAAAGUUUGUAAAGUCUGAUAAAUUCAGUGCUUUUCUCUUGUCAAUUCUGAAUGAUGAAAAAAAUAUAUAUGACAGUUCAUACUAUGUUAAGAAGAAUGCUCAAUAUGGCAUCAACAAAAAACAGCUAGUUCCAAAAGGAAAAGGAUUUUUACAAAAAAUAAUUUUAAAAGGGGAAUUUUUAAGAAAUGCCAAUUUUUACGACUUAAGUAUUUUAUUAUCUAGUCAUGCAGAUACAUUAAAAGAAUUACAUAUUAAUGGUUUAAACGAUGUUAACUGUCCUUUAUUUAUAUAUUCAACGUAUAGUAUCAUUUUUGAAUUUUUUUCUAAAGAAGUUCUUUUUAAUAAUCUAUCUUUCAAUUAUGUAACAAAAAAGGAUUUACAAAAAAUUCAGAAAUAUAUCUCAAGUCAAAGAAAGAUACCUAAAAAGGAAAAAAAAAAAAAAUGUGAAAAAUGUGAUGAGAAAGUAGAAGAUCAACUGAACAACAAAAGAUGUGAACAUGAGGAAGAACAUUUUUUAAAUAAAACAAAAAUGGAUGUAGAUAUAAACUUAUUUGAAAGUAAUAAAUUACCAAUGGAUAUUAAAUCAUCUUUAGAUAAUCAAAUAUCCACUAGUACUCAAUAUUCUAUUGAUAGUGAAAUUUUUAUAGAUACACAAUUUUCCACUGAUUCUCAAACAUAUACAUCAAAUAAGAAUACAAAUGUAGUAGAAAAUAAACCAUAUAAUACUCAUGAGAUAUAUUAUGAAAAGGACUCUUCUCUAGAAAAAAUUCAUUUAAAAGAACAUUUAGAUCUACACGACAAUAAUGAAAAAUUCAAUAAGGUUACAUAUACGAAUACAAAAGAAUACCAUAUAAAAAUAAACUCCAAAAAAAUUAAUAAUUUUAAUAUUAAUAAGGAAAAAAAUUAUAAGGAUGAAGAUAAUAAUAUAGUAUCUAAAGAAAAAAAGAAUUUAAUAAAAUUAUUCGAUAAGUUUAUAAAAAAUGAAAAAAAAAAAAAAAACUUUCCUAUAACUAAUAAAAAUAAAUUACAUAUGUUAUGUGAACAUAUAAGUAUAGUUUAUAAUUGUAAUAAGAAAUGUUUUGAAAAAAUAAAAAAUUAUAAACAAGAAACAAAUUUAAGUCCUUAUGUAAAUAAUCUUAUAAAUUUGAAAGUUUUAAAUUUAUCAGGUAUUCAGACUUAUGAUAUGAUUAAAAUGUUUAUUCCAAUAAACAUGCCAUCUCUCCAUAUUUUAAAUAUUUAUUCAUAUGAUUAUUUUUUUUAUUUUUAUAAUAUGCUCAUAUCAUUCUUUUUAUAUGGAAAUGGACAAGAAAUUUUUACAAAAUAUAUUAAUGUAAAAAAAAUUGAAGGAGAAGAUGAAAAAGAUAAAACGUAUCAUAUAAAAAAUAAAAAAAAAAAUAUAUUCUUAGAGUAUAAUAAAAGAAUGUAUGAAGUUAUAAAAUUAAUGGAUAGACAAUUAAAGCAUACAUGUAAUAGUGCUUCAUCUUUUCAAAAAAUUUUUGAAGAUGAAGCAAUUAAUAAUUAUGAACUUCAUAUAAAAAAUAAUGACAACAAGGUAUUCAUAACUCCUUCAUAUCUAGAUAAUAUAUAUGUAAACCAUAUAAAUGCUCCAAUAUAUUAUGCCGAUGGAAAUUAUAUAAAAUACGACACAGAUGAUGAGAGCACAAAAUAUAUUAUUGAGCGAUCAUCAAGUAGGUCAUAUACUCAAAAUAUUGAAAGUUAUAAUAACAACAGAAAAGGAGAUGAUAUCACAAAAAUGGUGGACGGUGAAUUAAAAGGUGAUAGUAAAUUAAAAGGUGACAGUGAAUUAAAAGGUGAUAGUGAAUUAAAAGGUGAUAGUAAAUUAAAAGGUGACAGUGAAUUAAAAGGUGAUAGUAAAUUAAAAGGUGAUAGUAAAUUAAAAGGUGACAGUGAAUUAAUAGGUGAUAGUAAAUUAAAAGGUGAUAGUAAAUUAAUAGGUGAUAAAAAUAAUUGCGAUAAUGAUAAUUUCCAGGCAAAGGAAGAACAAAACUUUUGUGUUCAUAAUAAUAAAAAGAAAAUGAAAAAAUUAAAAAGAGGAGGAUACAUUUGGCCAAUAGAAAAUCAUAAAUAUAAAAAGAAUGUGAGUGUAGAAAUAUUGUAUCUUUUUAAAAAUAUUUUAGAAAAUGAAGAAAAAAAAGGAAGGAAAAAUAUUAUUUGUUUAUUGAAUAAUUUAAAUUUAGAACAUUUUUCUUUAUUUAAUUAUAGUUUGAGUAGUCCUUUUUUAUGGUUACUUCUCUUAAUAAAAAAUAAAAAUCUAAAAACCUUUUGUAUUUUAGAUAUAUGUUUAUCACAUUUAUUGUGUGCAUUAACAUUUCUAGAAGCUUAUCUUAAACAAAGUUUAUUUAAUUUUCAAGGAAUGAUGAGAAGAAGAAGAAAAAGAAUGGGCAGCAUUUAUUUUAAAUUUAAUGAUCAUGAAGAAAUUAAAUUUAUUAACGAAACAUAUUCAAAACUUAUUAAUGAGAUGAAUCAAAAAAAAGAUAUAAAUGAAACUGAUCAAAUUCAUCAUAAUAAUAUCCAAAGGAAUAAUAUCAAUACAUAUAAUAACAUGUAUAUAAAUAAAAUACAUAUUAAUAAUCAUGAUAACAACUCAACACAUACAAAUAACAAUAAUUGUAAUACACAUGAACAAUGUAAAGAUAAUUAUAAUACAAAUAGAAAAAAAAAAAGUAAAAUACUUCAUAUAGUUAUUUAUGUUUAUAAUAAUACGAAAGAAAAUAAACAGUUUAUUAAAUAUAUAAGAAAAAUAUCACGAUCUCUGUGGAGAUGUAACUAUCUUGUAUAUUAUUCAAUACAUUAUUAUAAAUAUAAAUAUUUUAAUAAGUAUAUUGACAUAGAUAAUUUAUAUAGAGAUUAUAUUUUGAACAUUCUCUUAAAUAAUCAUAGGUUAAAUAGAUAUAUGGAUCAAAGGAAAAUGUUAACAUAUUAA